AUGACCAGCUAUUUCCAACCAGGUGUCAGCAAUGGCGCAAACUCACCGGCCUCGCCCCUGUCUCCGCCAGCACAGCGCUCGACUGCUCUUACCAAUCGCUUGACGACAGUUCUCUCCGCGUCAUAUGCGGACUCGGACAUUCGGGACUCCCUGGAGACGUUGAACAUAAGAGGGGUCCACAACUCCGCUGAGACGCGACGACAGCUUCGACUGGAUGUACAGAAGGAAGUUGUCGACUGCAAUGCGGAGAUUGUCAGGGACUUUGGAAAGGUGGCCGAGCAACUACAACGGAUCGGAACCGUGAUCACAGCCUUGAACCAAACGUGCGAUGAUAUGCGCAAACGAAUCAACCUGGCGAAGCAGGAUACCACGCCCGUGCUCGAGGAGGCCAAUGUCCUCAUGGCCCAGAGGAAAGAGACCGAAACCAAGCAGCAGCUUUUGGACGCCUUUUCCAAGCACUACAUAAUUCCGGAGGAGGACUUGAUGAUCUUGAUGUCAGCCGAGGAGCCUGUCGACGAGCGGUUCUUCGAUGUGCUGGCUCGUGUCAAACAAGUGCACCACGACUGCGAAGUCCUGCUCGGCGGUGAGAACCAGCGAUUGGGCUUGGAGUUGAUGGAAUUGAGCACUCGGAACCUCAAUUCCGCAUACCAGAAGCUCUACCGGUGGGUCCAGAAAGAGUUUAGAUCCUUGAAUUUGGAGGAUCCCCGGAUCAGCAGCUCAAUUCGCCGUGCUCUGCGAGUGUUGGCAGAACGCCCAAGCCUGUUCCACAGCUGUCUGGAUUUUUUUGCCGAAGCGCGCGACUAUAUUCUAUCUGAUGCUUUCCACUACGCUCUGACGGAUGCUGUUUCCGGGGCGAACGGCCCUGCUGUGGGUGAUCGCAGUGUCAAGCCAAUUGAGUUUUCGGCGCAUGAUCCACUGCGGUACAUUGGUGAUAUGCUCGCAUGGGUACACUCAACGACUGUAUCAGAGCGAGAGGCCCUUGAGUCGCUGUUCGUCGAUGAUGGGGAUGAGCUCGCUCGGGGUAUCCAGGCUGGCCUGAGUAGCGAGCCCUGGUCUCGGAUUGAUGAGGACCAAGAAGAGACCUUUGACGGCCGAAAGGCGCUCAGUGAUCUGGUCAACCGUGACCUUACUGGAGUGUCUCGGUCACUGCGGCAGAGAGUUGAGCUCGUCAUCCAGAGCCACGAUGACCCCGUCACUUGCUUCAAAGUCGUGAACCUACUCUCGUUCUACCGUACCACAUUCACCAAGCUAGUGGGCUCACAGUCUCACCUUGUGGAUCUGAUCCAGAACUUGGAGAAGUUCACUCUUGGGCACUUUGAGACUUUGAUGCGCGACCAGAUUAGCGCCUUGGCUGGUGACCCCGUUGCAUUGACUCCACCUGAAGAUCUGUCGCCUCCGCAGUUCUUAUUAGAUGCAUUGGAAGGCUUGAGCUUGCUCAUGAAGACACACGAGGGCUCCGUGGGACCUGAAGAUCUAUCCCCAGACUCAAACAACGAGAACCAGUUCACCUCCGUGCUCCGGGCCGCUUUCGAUCCCUUCUUGACCCUCGCCCGGUCCUCAUCCGACGAACUCAAAACUACGACUGCGCAAACCAUAUACCGCACCAACAUCAUCCUUGUAGCCCGCGAAACACUGUCACCCUAUCCCUUUGCCAGCGCCACGCAUGUCCCCCCUCUAUCCGCAGCGCUAUCAACACUACGCAACGACUUACUCGACACCCAACAUGACUUCCUCCUCGAAACCUCAGGCCUCCAAGCCCUCCUCGAAGCUUUAGAGCCAUUUUCACGAACCAAGGACUCAGAGACAACAGAAGAGGCAGAGAAGCCAGACCAACAGAAGCCCCACCUAGCCGACCUAGCCACCCUUCCAGCCUUCCAACCAGAAUCCCUGAUAACAUCCAGCCAACAACUGGACGACUUCCUCCCAUCUGCACUGAUGGACGCAACCGACAACCUCAAGCGUGUACAGAGCGUCUCCCUCGUGCAGAGCGUAACAGAAGAUGCAAUUGAAGCAUUCUGCCGUGACUUUGAGUUCGUCGAGGGUAUGAUCAUUGCCGCGGAUGAAGCAAGAGGAACUGUCCAUGUGAAUCUGGGGACUGGUGGUAGUGUCAUCAGUGGCCGCAGUGGUAGAUCGGGUAAUAAGACUGAAGCUAGUCAGAAGGCUGAGGAUGAAGAAGCCUAA